AGUCCUUCGCAAAGGCAACGUUACCUUCCUGUGUACUCGGAUUUCUAGAUUGUUCGAUCCGGCCUGCGGCGAAUUAAAAUUAAAGGGCGGUGGCUUGGUGGAAGCGCUUUGUGGCGAGGAUGAGCAAGGAAAAGAAAAGGUGGAGGAGUCCUUCUACUGCCGUGAGAGAUGUAUUCCGUCCAGCAGCUGUCCAAAUAAUCUGCUUCCGAGAACCCUGUCAAUAUCCACAGGACAUAUUUCUGAUUAGACAAACAUAGGAUUGAGAUGGUACAAGCCUCCAAUCUGUAUUUUGGAUGUAUGUAAUCAAACCCCGGAGUACCUGUAUUGCAUGUAAAGAGAAUUAGGCUGAAUCUGUAUGGAUGGUGGCUGCAGCUAAAUUCAGUUGCUUGAGUCACAGGCUUUGACACAAGCCAAAUGGCUGCAAUUGGUAGGCGUGCAGGCUGCCUGGUGCUACAGUUGAUGAAACAGAAUAGGAAGACCUUUUAUGAUCAGCUGCUGGAGCCCAGUAAGACUACAGCUUUGCUAGCUCUUGCCCCUGUUCUUUGCCUCUGGUUGUGUUGGUGACGAUAUUACAGUGAUGUCUGCAUUCAACCUACUGCAUUUGGUGACAAAGAGCCAGCCAGUGGCCCUGCAAGCCUGUGGGCUUCCCUCAGGGUCGCGUAGGGAAAAAAAGAACUAUAAGGUGACUUUUUCCCAGGAAGAACUGAGAAAGCGGUUGACACCCUUGCAGUACCAUGUUACUCAGGAGAAAGGAACUGAAAGUGCCUUUGAAGGAGAAUAUACAUAUAAUAAAGCCCAUGGAAUAUACAAAUGUGUUGUUUGUGGAAGUCCUUUAUUCAAAUCUGAAAAAAAGUUUGACUCCAAUUCAGGUUGGCCUUCAUUCUAUGAUGUAAUCAAUUCUGACACAAUUACAUGUACUGAUGACUACUCAUUUGGGAUGCACAGAGUUGAGACAAGCUGCACUCAAUGUGGUGCUCAUCUUGGCCAUAUAUUUGAUGAUGGGCCACAUCCAACUGGAAAACGAUAUUGCAUAAAUUCAGCUUCAUUAGCUUUUGAGCCUGCAGACAAGAAUCAUGCUGGAGAAGACAAUACCAGUUCUACAUCUGCACAACCAGAUAAGACGGAUCUGUAAUGGGAAUCUGUUGUUUAAGAUUGUUUUCCUAGAUGACAUGGAAAGAAUAUUUCUAAAUGGUUUUCUAUCUUACAUACUAUUUUUUAAAAAACAUACAAAGAUACUUCUCAGUAUAUAGUUUUUUUCCUGAUCAAAAUGAGACAUACUAAUUCCUUUUUCUUAUAUAACUACACAUAACUAUUUCACAACUUCUAUGCUUUGAAGCAGUCCCAUAACAACAUGUCUUUUGGCACUAUGAUAUUGAUUACGGUAAAUGCCGGCGUAUAAGAUGACUUCCGCGAGCGCUGAAAUCGGCGCCAAAGACGGGGGUUGUCUUAUACGCCGAGUCGUCUUAUACGCCGGAAAUACUGGUAGUUUCCGGCGUAUAAGACGACGUUCUAGGAAUGCGGCCCGGCUAUAAAGAUGGGGGUCGUCUUAUACGCCGGGUCGCCUAUUACGCCGGCAUAUACGGUACUUGCAUUUUUCUUAUAAUAGGUCUGAAUUAUAUUCCUUCAUAUUUUUCAUUCAGUACACAACCGUAGCAAGAAUACAGUUUUCUAAUGGUACUUAGGCAAUUUUGUUUUGAUUUACACAUAUACUCAACUAACUCUCUGUAAUUAUUGUACCAUUCCAUAAAUGAGGCUGUAUAAUUUAAUAUAAUCAAGUUUUAUCUUGGAUUUCUGCAGAAGUAUACAUCUAUAUAAAUGGCAACAAUACACCCUGCCUUCAGUUAGAUAAAUACUAUUUAAAAAUAAAUAAAUAAGAUCAUAUUUAUAUUGGGACUGCCUAGAAAAGAUAGCAGAUUUAUUCCUUUAUGUAGCAGGUGGCUUUCCCUUGGAACAGCUUAAGAGGCCAGAGCAGUCACAAUAUACUUUUAAAAGCUGUGUAUGAAGACUAGUAAUCAUAGAUCAGUUGUUUCCUCAUAUUUGUAAUGAGGAUUUUAAAAAUCCUCAUUGUAUUUUUAUCCUCAAAGGCUCAAAAGAGGACUCAUAGACUAGUUUACAAAUGUGGGGGAGAUUUUUUAUUUUUUACUAUUUUGUGAUCUUAUGUAAAUAUAAAACUCAGUAUUGCCUUAUCAAUUAGUGUUGUCCUGGGAAAGUUAAUACCUCAUUAAAUGGUACAGAUCUUCCUGAAAUUUCCUUUACAACGUUUAAGCGGCAGGGUGUAAAAUAGAUACAUGGAAAGUCCUAUUUUAAACAUCAAAUUGCUCUGCCUAUAUUGCCUUUUUAUUACCACUUGGGAAAUAAUCACUUAGGCUGUAUUCUCUUACUCCUUUUCAACUUAUAUGUUAAGAUCUACUAUCCUCAGUGCAUAAGAAUAAAGAGACAAUACUUUUUCAUAAACAAUAAAAACCAUAGCAACGAGUAGUCAUACCCAGUGAAAGAUAGUGGUCUAUGGUAAAGUGUUAGUAUGAAAUGUCUGAUCCUAUUAAGAGUGAGCGGAUUUGCCUUAAAGAGGAAAUGCUGAGUAUGAAAUGUGGCCAUUCCCAGCUGAUCCAUGGGAUCUCUAAGUUGUUCUCUUUCUUUGGAAAGCCAUUGGAUUUGCCAUGGAACUUAUCCUGGGUCUCCCAAAGUUGGUGGGAACAUGACACUGUCCUCACUAUUGAUUUAAAAAAAAUUAAAAGGUCAGUACUAGGACUGGCAAAGAGACAACAUUUUGUCUUUCAGCCGUGAUAAACAUAAUUUGUGAAUUUGUCUCAGAUUUUAGUAUGUGUAUGACAGAAAUAAAUCUCUUGCAAGGAUAUGCCUACUUUUUACUUCAUGUUACAAGGAAAUUGGUAUGAUUGCUGUGAAAAUUAACUGUCAUGCUUGAGAAUAACAGCAUUUUAUGAAAUAUAACAUUAUCAUACUAUUUAAGAUAAUUUUACCAUAAUUCAUUAUCUGUAUCAAACAGAUUACCUGUAUCUGGCAAACAAAAUAGUUAAAAUUGAUAUCUAUUAGCCUCAUGCAUCUUAACAGAAAAACAAUUGAAUUAUAGAUUGAUAUGGGACCUAGGAAUACAUAAGAAUUUGUAGCAUCAUUCUUAGGCAUGUGAUUAUCUUCUCAUUUAUUGGAUAAAUCUUUCUGCCAUUUGUUCCUGUACUUCUAUUAGAAGUUAGUUUUCUCCAGUCAUAUUUUCUGAAAUGAAAUCUCUGAUUUGUAACAUCAGUGAAAAUAUUGAGCAUUAAUUUUUGAGAUAACUUGCAGUUAAUGUUUUAACCUAUUUCUCUGUUCUUGUUAAAGAAACAUAUUCUUCAUACUCUAAUAAGCAAUAAUGUAAGCUUUUCAUAAGUUGAUUUAUAUUUACAGUUUAUGAAAUGCAGUGAAUUGAAUCAAUAUUGCCACAUAUAGGUGUGCUAUCAGAGUAUAACUUCAUUAAUAAAUGGAAGGCAUGGAUAUUGAUCAUUUUGUAUUAAUAAUAUCUACUAGAAAUAAUGUGAGUGUGACACUUACAGUACUGCAAAGCUCAAACUAUUACUUUGUUUAUGGCUUUGAUAUAACUUGGAUAUUAUUGAGCACAAUUUAUGACUGGGGAGUCCGUUGGUGUCUCCUAGAUAUUUUGUACAGUGUGACAGAAUAAUUACUGAAUGCACAUGUUUCAGUCUAUAUUAUAUAAGAGUUUAUACAGAUAUUGAGAAAAAAAGAGAAUGGUUAUUUUAGUAUAUUUGGAACUUGCCAUCAGAACUAUUUUUUGCUUUUAAGACAUUAGGUUUUAUUCAGUGAAGAUAUCUUUUAAUAUGUUUGCUGAACACAGAUAUAUAAUAUUUAAUUUAUAAAUAAAUAUUUCCUAUAUUC